UAGAUUCCCCUGUCAUCAUGCCUUCACGAGUCCUCCUCCUUAACUGAGAAAGAACACGAAGGCAGGGCGAGGCGCCGGGUGACCUCACUGUCGCCAUGGGAAGAGCCCCCUGCUGCGACAAGGCUAACGUGAAGAAAGGCUUGUGGUCGACCGAAGAAGACGCUAAACUCAAGUCCUACAUCGAGCAGCAUGGCAUCGGCGGCAGCUGGAUCUCUCUCCCGAAAAAGAUUGGCCUCAGGCGGUGCGGCAAGAGCUGCCGUCUCCGGUGGUUGAACUACCUCCGGCCGAACCUAAAGCACGGCGAGUACUCCGAGGAAGAAGAUGAGAUCAUCUGCAGAUUAUAUUUGACCAUCGGUAGCAGGUGGUCAUUGAUCGCCACGCAGUUGCCGGGGAGAACCGACAACGACAUCAAGAACUACUGGAACACGAGGUUGAAGACGAAGCUCCUGGGCAAGCAGCAGAAGCAUCACCGACAGGCACGCAGAGCCACGGCGCCGCAGCAAGAAGUCAAGAUCCGAGAGAAUGGAAUCCUGGUGCAACUACCUCCAUCGGAAGCCCAUCGAUCAGCUUCGCCUGGCAUGGCUGAUUCGCAUGGUGAAGCUUCAGGAAGCUCCAGUGGAUUCCCAUCUGAGCUCGACGAGAUCCUGCGCUUCGACUCGGCAGCACCACAAGGGUUGGAUUACCUCUACGAGGCCAGGGGCAUGGCCGAGGAGAGCAGCGGGACGAGCACGCCGGAGGAGGAGAGCAUGAACUGGGACGAGAUGAUCCCCUUCAUGUACCCAGAUUGGGUGCACGGCGGGCAAGAGAUCUUUACCAUGCAGUGAUGAAUGACGUACGCGGCUUGUGCAUAUACGAUGAUCGAUAGAGGUGGUGGUGGUGGUGGUGUUGAAUUCAUCGAACGUUCUAUGAUAUGUGAUUGAUAAUUAAGCCCCCCACCACACCCUUUUUUUGAGUUUGAUUGGUUUGUGUUCUUUAAAUUUCAGGUGCCUUUUCCGGAGAAUAUACUAUUAGGAGAUAAAAAGGACUGUCAUGUACCAUUAAAUGCGACUAAUGCAAUAAAAGGAGGAUCAAACAACGUCAGCCGCCA